AUGGGCACCGCCAGGCCAUACUGCCCAAGACUCACCAUGAUGAACGCAACCAAUCAAAAUUUCAUACCGGAUCAGACGUCACCCGGGUUACUAAGGUCUGCGCCUACCGUCACACAUCAGGGCGGAGGUGAAAAGUAUGUGACUGAUGUAUUAAGCGAUAGUGUAUUGAACAAUAGGAUAUUAAACAACAGGAUUCGAACUAGGAACAACAUCACCAUUGGCACAUGGAAUGUAUGGACACUGAGAGAAACAGGUAAGCUGGAACAACUCACCUAUGAGAUGAACAGAUACCGAUGGACGAUUGUGGGACUGUGUGAAGUACGUUGGAAGAACUUCAGGGAAACAUCUACCAGAGAGGGACACAAAUUGUAUUUCAGUGGAAGUGAUCAAAAGCAUGAGCAUGGUGUUGGAUUUCUUGUCCACAAGGACAGUGUAAACACUGUCAUGGGGUGUAGACCUAUGUCCAAGCGGCUCAUCAUCAUCCGCCUGAGAGCAACACCAUUUAACAUCACCAUCAUACAGGCAUAUGCACCAACUUCCGAUUAUAACAAUGAAAUGGUGGAAGACUUCUACGACCAACUGCAAGAAGUCAUAGACCAAAUCCCAAAGAAAGACAUCAUCAUCGUACAAGGGGACUGGAAUGCCAAAGUAGGGAAUGAUGCUCACAAAAACUGGAAAGAAACAUGCGGGAAGUACUGUAAUGCUGAAUCAAACGAAAGAGGUUUGACUUUGCUGGAAUUUGCCAGCUACAACGAUCUCAUGCUGACUAACACAUUUGGCAAACACAAAGCAUCUAGAAGAUGGACAUGGCACCAUCCAAAUGGACAAAGUCAUAGCCAGACAGACUAUAUCAUGACUAAGAGGCGCCUCUGCUCAAGUGUUAACAUCGCCAAAACUCGAACUUUUCCAGGAGCUGAUGUCGGAAGUGACCACGACCUUGUUCUAAUGACCUUCCGCCUCGAUCUAAAAAAGGCCAGUAAACCGGGCCAGGUAAGGAUCAAGUUUGACCUUGACAAGCUGAAAGAUCCAGAAGUGGCAAAAGCCUUUCAAGCAAUGAUAGGUAGUAAAUUUGCCCCACUGACCGCCAGAGACGCUCACACAGACAAUGACAUGUAUAUACUGAUUGAAACCUUCAACACAGCAGUGACAGAAUCAGCCAGUGAGAUACUCGGCAAACACCGACCAAUAACAAAGCCCUGGGUCACAUCAGAUAUCCUUGAUCUAUGUGACAAAAGGAGAGAGCUGAAGAAAAAAAACAAGAUUCGGAAAGGGCAAAGCAGUACAAGGCUAUCAACCAGGAAAUCAAGAAAAGCAUGA